CUCAUCUCUCUGGUCUCUCUGCCUGUAUACCGAUCCGCUGUCAGCUGAUAUGGUGAUGAUAGGUGAUGAUAGCGUAAUGAUGUGUGUUGCUCUUGAGUGUGUGGGCGAAUGAGUGUCAUGGUUCGAGCACUACUUCAGUGCAUCAGGGGACCGAAGAGGAUCGUUACCGUUAAGACAUUUUAUACGUCGUCUGCAUUUUUAAGGCCCGAAAAGAGAAUUACGAUGGCUAACCUAACCUAUGAGGAGACUCUGUCAGACUCCAAGGCUGCGUUUCUGGCAGCAGUGAAGGCAGUCAAGCCGGCCCAGCUGGUAAAAAGUGCUGUUGAAAUGAAAGGGAAUGUGCUGACUGUAAAAGGUCAUGCGUUUCAUCUUAAGAAACCGUGCUAUGUUGUCGGAUUUGGAAAAGCAGUAUUAGAGAUGGCACUCGCAGUCGAAAACGUCUUAGGCCAACAUAUGCAAUCAGGACUAGUUAGCGUUCCUGUGGGCACUCUACUGAAACAUCCCAUCCCAGUCAAUAGCAGGAUCGAAGUAUUGGAAGGAGCUUCUAACAAUCUUCCUGAUAGAAUGGCAGAACAAUCGGCAGCAAGGAUCUUAAAAGUUGUCGAGGACUUAAGAGAAGAUGAUACUCUCCUGGUGUUGAUUUCUGGAGGAGGUUCGGCCCUUCUGCCUCACCCCUUGCCGCCCCUAACUCUAGAUGAAAAAUUGCAGGUGGUAAAACAACUAGCAAAUGCUGGAGCAGAUAUCCUUGAUCUAAAUUGUGUACGCAAGCGUUUAUCAUCUGUGAAAGGAGGGAAGUUGGCAGCAGCAGCCCAACCAGCCACUGUUGUCUCACUUAUACUUUCCGAUGUUAUUGGAGAUCCUGUAGAUUUUAUUGCAAGUGGACCCACUGCCCCCAGCACUGAUGCUCCCUCAGCAGCUUGGGAUGUCAUCUGUAAGUUCAAUUUACAGGAAUCUUUACCAAAAGCAGCACAGUUGUGCCUUACUUCUGGAAGUGCCACACCAGCAGAAGAUAUGCAAAACAAAGUCCAGAAUAUUUUAAUAGGUAACAAUGUAGUAGCCAUCAAUGCAGCUGUGGAGCAGAUGGUUAGUCUCAAUUACUCUGUGUGUGUUUUAUCAGAAAAGAUAGAAGGCAAUGUAGCUGAAGUUGCACUUUUUUAUGCACAACUAGCUUGUGGUAUCAGUGAUGUUAUGGUUAAUGGUAGUGGUUGCUCUUUAGAGAAAUUUGGAGCUGACACAUCACAGUUCCUUGGUGCGGCAGAUAGAAUAAGGAACGCAAUACAGAACAGCCCAGGGAAAAAGGGUGUGUGUAUGGUUGCUGGAGGCGAAACCACAGUGAAAGUGACAGGCAAAGGCCUAGGUGGUCGAAAUCAAGAACUAGCUCUCAGGUUUGCCGAAGAGAUGAAAAACUUGGACGUCAAAUUCAAGUUUGUGAAUAAACCAGUCAUUUCACUCUUGUCUGCUGGAACUGAUGGUAUAGAUGGCCCCACCAAUGCAGCGGGUGCCUUUGGAUAUGCUGACCAACUAGACAAAAACAUUAACCACCUGAAAUACUUACUAGAUAAUGAUUCACACUCUUUCUAUUCAAAACUCAAAGAGGGAGAAAACCUUAUUUUGACUGGCCAUACUGGCACUAAUGUAAUGGAUAUUCACAUUUUGUGUGUUGAAAGAAAGGAGUAAAAUUUGGAUUCGAAAUAAAGCAAAUAUAAAUUUUUAAAUGUG